UCUAUCUAUUUAUCUAUUAUGGAGCAAGAAUUCCUAAAGGGAUACAAUAUUCACAUAACACUUAAGAGGUAGUAGAAAUGAUCUUCAAAAAUUCCCUAUUAAAAAAAUGAAUUCAGAUUCAUUAUAAUGCCAAUUCAUUUUCAUUGGAAAGUUUGAUUUGUAUCUGCAUGUAGGCAAAUCAUGGUUAAAAAAAGCUUUCUGUCCCUUUCCGGAAAAAAAAAUCUUUCUCUCCCGGGGUUCCUCCUACCCCCCAAUCCCCUUUGCUUUGGGGCUUCAGCACUGAAGCUCAAAGGGAAAUGUUAGUUUGUUUGCAGAUAUAAGCUAGGGUUACCAAAUAUUCUAUGGAUUUAAAACACUUUAUGCUCCCUCCCCCAAAUUUCUAUAUGUAAAGAAAACUACAUGAAUGUUUAUUAAAAAAGAAUCCUAGGUAACAAACUGGAUGAGUUAGAAGAGUAAUUAGUAUUAAGUUAAUAGGUCUGGAGAAAACAUUUGAACAUUUACAGGAAAAGAAGAAAGGAAAAAAGAAAUCCUAACACUGGACUCCCCCCACCCCAAGUCCUUUGGAAAACAAAAAAAAAUUAAAAAACAACAACAUCCAUUAAUGGGGUUCAUUGCUGUGUCCCUUUGCAUGUCACAUUCAAAUACUUUCCCCUAAGUUUGAAAGCAUUUCCUGAAAGCAGUCAAAGGUAUUGAACAUUUUUUUCUUGUCUCUCUCUCUUUAAAUAACAAAGCAAAAUUCCACCCUCUCUUCCCCCCUUCUCAAAAAAAAAAAAAAAAAAAAGUUUUCGAGUUUUGCUUUUCUAUUCAUUGCAGUCCUGGCCAAAGUAAAGCCCUCUUUCUCAAUGACGUCAAGAUCUUUACCAAGAUUAGGCUUUCAUUUCUCUAUUGCAGCAAUUAGCCAGGGAAUGUAUAAAAGGCUUCAGAGAAACAAACUGGGCUCUAGAGAGAAGCACUUUGCACCACAGACAGAUAGCAAGGGAGGAAAAGAUAGAGUGAGGGAGAGAAAAAAAAAUAGACAGGACACAGUCGGAGAGUGAAGGAGAGGAAAAAAGAAGAAAGAGAAACAGAAAGUUGUGUACAAAGAAAACAGCCCCUUAUAUUCUAAGCACUAUUUAAAAAACAAACAAACAAACCUGGAAGUCCUUGGUGCAAAAGGGAAACCAGAGAACUCAAGCAAAGUGACUAAGGAGGCGGAGAAGAUGGGUCUACUCAGCAUAGACUUGUUGAUUACACUGCAAAUCCUGCCAGUUUUUUUCUCCAACUGCCUUUUCCUGGCUCUCUAUGACUCGGUCAUCCUCCUGAAGCACGUGGUGUUGUUGCUGAGCCGGUCCAAGUCCACUCGUGGCGAGUGGCGGCGCAUGCUGACCUCAGAAGGACUACGCUGUGUCUGGAAAAGCUUUCUCCUGGACGCUUACAAGCAGGUAAAAUUGGGUGGAGAUGCCCCCAAUUCCAGUGUAAUCCACAUUACCAGUGCUGAAGUUGGCAGUGGUCAACAGAACAAUUCCAGGUGGAAGAGAUUUGACGGGGGAUAUGGAGCUGAGUGCCAUCUCCUGGAUUUUGCCAACCCUGAGCGUCCACUGGUUGUCAACUUUGGGUCAGCCACUUGACCACCGUUCACAAGCCAGCUACCAGCCUUUAGCAAGCUGGUGGAAGAGUUCUCAACAGUGGCUGACUUCUUGUUGGUCUACAUUGAUGAAGCUCAUCCAUCAGAUGGUUGGGCAGUGCCUGGUAACUCCUCUGUGUCUUUUGAGGUGAAGAAGCACCGGAACCAGGAAGACCGCUGUGCAGCAGCCCAUCAGCUCCUGGAGCGUUUCUCCUUGCCGCCCCAAUGCCAGGUGGUGGCUGACUGCAUGGAUAACAAUGCCAACAUAGCCUAUGGGGUAUCUUUUGAGCGUGUGUGUAUUGUGCAGAGACAAAAAAUUGCUUACUUAGGAGGGAAAGGCCCCUUUUUCUAUAAUCUUCAGGAAGUCCGACUUUGGCUAGAGAAGAACUUCAGCAAGAGAUGAAAUCCAGGUUAGUUGGAGAAAUUUGAGUUGCAUAGUACCCUAUUAAAAAUAACAAAAGUGGGGGAAGAGAAGGAUGUACCAGAUCCAUAAUUUCAACUGGAUCUCAUUCCCCCAUUGCAAGAGGACAGUUUUAAUAGCCAUCUCAGAAGAAUAAAACCAUCCCUAACAAACUAUCAACACUUUCCCUACCAAAAAAAAAAUAAUAAUACUUGCCUAACCAGCAACCCCAUGUUACCUUUACACUUUUUGUAAAAGAGCCUAAGAUGAGCAGGAAGAAAACCUAUUUCUAAGUGUCUCCAUCCUGCUUUGAGAUGGAAUUAAAACAACUGGUGCUUGCUUUGGGAAAAAUGGGAAAAAAUACUUCAGCCUGCACAAGAGAAAUGCCAGGGACAAAAACUCUAUUAAAAUAAGGAUUAUUAUCCAAACUUUACCCAUUAUGAGUAGAAGAUUGUUGGUAAAUCCCUAAGUAUUUGUUUAUAGUGAGUCUUGGGGGAAAAAAGAGGGGCAUCCACAUAGUUGUUAUCCUGAUUUUUAGAAUGUUGGUGUCAUCUCUGAUUCUAUCUCUGUUUGUACUGUAAAAUACUGGUCUAAACAUCCAAGAUUCUCUGAAUAAUUAGGGGUAGAUUUUGAGGACCGUUCCUUAGUUUGAAGGGUUAGGUUACCCUCUGGUCAAAAGAUAAAGUAGUUAUAGGAAGUACACUGGACUUCGAGUUUUAUUUACUGAAUUAAAAUUCUGACUAUCAUUUAUUAGUUGUGGGGUUUUAGACGAGUCAUUUACUAUUCCUGGUCCUUAGUUUCCUCAUUUGUAAACUGAGGAUUUUGGAUUAGAUGGUCUCCAAAGGCCUUUUAAACUUAAAAGGACUAUAAUUCUUUUGUAAAUGACAAAAAGAAAAAGAGAAAACUCAAAGAUCAAGAGACUACAACAGUUUUAUUUUGAAGCAGCAGAGAGGGUAACUAAUUAGUUAGGAAUAGAAAUACCCACAUCUGAUUAAUAGCUCCAGGCCAGAGAAAAUAGUUUCACUGAAACCCAUCAGAGACCCCAUGAGUGGGAAACAAUUUAUUUAUCUGAAAAUGAGAGAGAGAGAGAGAGAGAGAGAGAGAGAGA